AAGGAGCUGUUCGACAAGGAGAAAGGCCUGUCUGCAGAACUGCUCUUGGGCUGCAGGGUGGUGCUCAGGGAGAGGGCUGUGGUCCAGGGCCUCAUGUCCAAGUGCCAGACCAUCUCGGGCAAGAUGGUGAAGGGAGUCACGCAGGUCAUCGACAAGGGCAUGGGCUCCGUGACCCAGCCCUCCAUCCUCAACAGAAAGUAAGUGGACACAACGUUUUAGAAAUAUGUUAUGUCGAACAAACAUGCAUCUCUGACAAGGAGUAAUGGCAUUUGCAAUGUUCGACAACGUUUAGCUACUGAACAUGGUCCUGAUACAUAUAAGCAGAUUGCAUCUAAUCUGCUAUAGUCGUUUAUAUUCCGACUGGGGGAAUAAAAGGGAUUGAUGGACUGCCCAAUCGGCCCUGAAUUAAGAACAAAUCCUCACUGGUAACUAGCAGAAACAUCCAAACGCUAACUGAAUGCCAUGGUAAUCCAUUUAUCCAUUUACCAUGGCAUAAUGGAUGUAUUCUGAAAACGGUUAUCCCCACAUCUGAUAUGACUUAUUGUCAAGAAAUAAUGAAGUUAGAAAUCUUUUGACCCCAUUAAACAAAUAUGUAUCACAUCAUAGAUGAAUGUUAUGCUACACGUCUGUCAGAUACUGGAUGUCUUGAUUUUGUCUCUAAAUGUGUUGUAUUGUGAUUGGUUUGUCUCUAAAUGUAUUGUAUUGUGAUUGGUUUGUCUCUAAAUGUGUUGUAUUGCGAUUGGUUUGUCUCUAAAUGUAUUGUAUUGCGAUUGGUUUGUCUCUAAAUGUGUUGUAUUGCGAUUGGUUUGUCUCUAAAUUUAUUGCAUUGUGAUUGGUUGCCAUGCAGGUUACAAUUGAAACCCUACCAGCUGAUUGGGCUGAAGUGGCUUCUCCUGCUGCACAAACACAAGCUGAGUGGAAUCCUGGCUGAUGAGAUGGUGAGAUGACUAUCCAAUUCAGAUACAGGCUGUGUCCCAAAUGCCACCCUAUUCUCUAGAUAGUGCACUACUUCAGGGCCCAUAGGGAAUAGGGUGCCAUUUGGGACUUUGCCACAUACUAUUGUGUUCUUUAAUUAUAUGGAUUACCCCCUGUCUGUAUUGUAGAACUGUUACCAAACGAAAACAGACAAUGGCUGGUGUAAAAUGUCCACAACGGCUCUAGAUAAUUGAGCGUUUUGAGUAAUGGUGUGUGGGUGGAGCAGCUGCACAGAGAGAACUAAAGGAAUGGGUGGGAUAGAUUUUGUUAUUUUAACAUUCACAAGGAAAGCCUUUGUCUUUUUUGGUUUAAAUACUGUUAGAUUGCCAGUGUCUUGUUUGGUUUAAAUACUGUUAGAUUGCCAGUGUGUCUUGUUUGGUUUGAAUACUGUUAGAUUGCCAGUGUCUUGUUUGGUUUAAAUACUGUUAGAUUGCCAGUGUGUCUUGUUUGGUUUGAAUACUGUUAGAUUGCCAGUGUGAUUCAAGUCCUGAUAUGAGACCUGGGGCUCCGUGAUGCUGUUUUUAACUGAUACUUGGUUUGAAGAGCAGAUAUUGAUCUCGCUUUAUUUUCUCGCUCGCUCUGUCUUUCUCUCUCUCUCUCUCUUUCUCUCUUUACUCUCUUGAUUGUCUACAUCGACAGGGUUUGGGAAAGACCAUCCAGGCCAUAGCCUUCCUGGCCAAACUGUACCAGGAUGGCAUCGAAGGCCCCCACCUCAUCACUGUGCCCUCCUCCACCCUGGGUAAGGGCUCUGCUCAUGUCAUGCCACUCACUUUAUAACCACUUAUAGAAAACAUCACAUAAACAAAGGAGUAUUGUUUGACCAUUUCACUUAAAAAUGACUGUGGCCCUUAAUAAUACAGUUGUCAGAAGUUUACAUACACCUUAGCCAAAUACAUUUAAACUCAGUUUUUCACAAUUCCUGACAUUUAAUCCUAGUAAACAUUCCUUGUUUUAGGUCAGUUAGGAUCACCACUUAAUUUUAAGAAUGUGAAAUGUCAGAAUAAUAGCGUGAUUUAUUUAAGCUUUUAUUUCUUUCAUCACAUUCUCAGUGGGUCAGAUGUUUACAUACACUCAAUUAGUAUUUGGUAGCUGUUAUUAGUUUCUCUGGUGUCAAGUCAUUCAGGAUGCAAGAAUAUACUUAAACAGUUACAGUGGGGAAAAAAAGUAUUUAGUCAGCCACCAAUUGUGCAAGUUCUCCCACUUAAAAAGAUGAGAGAGGCCUGUAAUUUUCAUCAUAGGUACACGUCAACUAUGACAGACAAAAUGAGGGAAAAAAAUCCAGAAAAUCACAUUGUAGGAUUUUUUAUGAAUUUAUUUGCAAAUUAUGGUGGAAAAUAAGUAUUUGGUCGAUAACAAAAGUUUCUCAAUACUUUGUUAUAUACCCUUUGUUGGCAAUGACACAGGUCAAACGUUUUCUGUAAGUUUUUCACACACUGUUGUUGGUAUUUUGGCCCAUUCCUCCAUUCAGAUCUCCUCUAGAGCAGUGAUGUUUUGGGGCUGUCACUGGGCAACACAGACUUUCAACUCCCUCCAAAGAUUUUCUAUGGGGUUGAGAUCUGGAGACUGGCUAGGCCACUCCAGGACCUUGAAAUGCUUCUUACGAAGCCACUCCUUCGUUGCCCGGGCAGUGUGUUUGGGAUCAUUGUCAUGCUGAAAGACCCAGCCACGUUUCAUCUUCAAUGCCCUUGCUGAUGGAAGGAGGUUUUCACUCAAAAUCUCACGAUACAUGGCCCCAUUCAUUCUUUCCUUUACACGGAUCAGUCGUCCUGGUCCCUUUGCAGAAAAACAGCCCCAAAGCAUGAUGUUUCCACCCCCAUGCUUCACAGUAGGUAUGGUGUUCUUUGGAUGCAACUCAGCAUUCUUUGUCCUCCAAACACGACGAGUUGAGUUUUUACCAAAAAGUUAUAUUUUGGUUUCAUCUGACCAUAUGACAUUCUCCCAAUCGUCUUCUGGAUCAUCCAAAUGCACUCUAGCAAACUUCAGACGGGCCUGGACAUGUACUGGCUUAAGCAGGGGGACACGUCUGAGUCCCUGGCGGCGUAGUGUGUUACUGAUGGUAGGCUUUGUUACUUUGGUCCCAGCUCUCUGCAGGUCAUUCACUAGGUCCCCCCGUGUGGUUCUGGGAUUUUUGCUCACCGUUCUUGUGAUCAUUUUGACCCCACGGGGUGAGAUCUUGCGUGGAGCCCCAGAUCGAGGGAGAUUAUCAGUGGUCUUGUAUGUCUUCCAUUUCCUAAUAAUUGCUCCCACAGUUGAUUUCUUCAAACCAAGCUGCUUACCUAUUGCAGAUUCAGUCUUCCCAGCCUGGUGCAGGUCUACAAUUUUGUUUCUGGUGUCCUUUGACAGCUCUUUGGUCUUGGCCAUAGUGGAGUUUGGAGUGUGACUGUUUGAGGUUGUGGACAGGUGUCUUUUAUACUGAUAACAAGUUCAAACAGGUGCCAUUAAUACAGGUAACGAGUGGAGGACAGAGGAGCCUCUUAAAGAAGAAGUUACAGGUCUGUGAGAGCCAGAAAUCUUGCUUGUUUGUAGGUGACCAAAGACUUAUUUUCCACCAUAAUUUGCAAAUAAAUUCAUUAAAAAUCCUACAAUGUGAUUUUCUGGAUUUCUUUUUCUCAAUUUGUCUGUCAUAGUUGACGUGUACCUAUGAUGGAAUUUACAGGCCUCUCAUCUUUUUAAGUGGGAGAACUUGCACAAUUGGUGGCUGACUAAAUACUUUUUUUCCCCCACUGUAUAUCAAAACCUUUCUUAUCCAAACUUAUAUCAAAUUAUCAAAUCCAUUUCUAUAACUUAUUAUGCACCCCUCAGAUUUAAAUUACUUUCUGCUCUUUGUUCAUAAGGUAGCCCAUGUUGUCCCAUUUUAAUUACUUAACUUCGUUAGCUGACUUUUUCUCCUUAUUAAUUGUAUUUCCAGGUCAUCGUGUGCUCAUUAAAUCGCAUGCUUUAUACGCCUCUUUCAUAUAAUCUAAAUCCCAUUUCGUGUUGCUUACGACGAUAUUGUCAAUGAUAUAUAUUUUCGCUAUCUGUAGUAACUUAUCCCUUUUUAAAAACACCUUAAGGAUACUCAUUAUCUGUCCAUGCUGAUACGUCACUGAGAAAUGGUUCCCCAUAGAAAAAUCCUAAUUUACUUAACAUCCAUUCGCACAAUGUCUGAUUUUCACUACCUUUAAAAGAGACUUGUUUUAAAUGUGGAUUUGUCUGUAAUAAUUUCGUCAUUUCCUUUCUCUCUCUUCGAGGUAAAUGAAGCUCUGAUUUACUCUUAAUGGUGACUGUUUUUCCAGAUACCGGUCUACUAAGCUCGCCAUCCAUUACUUCUAUUAGUUCAUGCAAUAUUAGUAAUCAAAUACUUGAAUCAAAUCCCCAACUUGAUCUUUAUUAAAAUGUUAUUUGCCUAUUUUGUCAUUGGUGCCAUGAUUCAACAUUAUCGCUCUGAGCAUUUCACAAAUAAGUUAUUCUCUCCUUACGAAGGUAUUCAAACCUAAUGAUGAUACAACACAUCAGAAUACUUAUUUCAUGAUGAUACAACAGAGGUCCUUAAAGAGAUAGGUUAAGUCCUACACCCACUCCUGUAUUCUCUUUUGUCUUAGUACUCAUUACUCUUAACACACCCUGUUUCGAAUCAUAGCACCAUGUUAUUGUCUAAUUUGAUAUUUCUCCUUCUACUUACAUCCCUUAUACAUAACUCAACACCACUUAUCGUCCCGCUUUAAAAUAUUGAAUUUUAAAUGUUCGUUACAGCUCAGCUUUACCACAGAUAAGCAGAAUUUGACAUGAUAAAAAAAAAAAAAAUGAAAGUCUGCUUACCUGUUAGUUCGGCUGUAAACUGUAUCUGUUUGUGACGCCAAUCUGUUAUGAGUUUCUCUGGUGUCAAGUAAUUCAGGAUGCAAGAAUAUACUUAAACAAUUAUAUGGGGAGGUAAUACAAAGUAUUUAAUAGAUACGAUACCGGGUUCGUCUAACAAAAGGUUUGUGCUUUGCCUCUUGUCAUCCGAACACUGGACAAAAUAAAUAUCUGUUUAUAUACUUAAUGUUACACAUUUCUUCAACAACAUCUAUCAAUCAUUCUAAGAUAAACACCAGUAAGCUCCCUCGACAUACUGGAAUCGUUGGCAUCCAGACUCUGUGGCACCAAGAGUCACCUAUCUAAUAGAUUUAACCUUGUUCCCACAACACUAUGAAAAGACACCAUAACAGUAGCAUUGCCUUUAAAUUGUUUAACUUGGGUCAAACGUUUCGGGUAGCCUUCCACAAGCUUCCCACAAUAAGUUGGAUGAAUUUUGGCCCAUUCCUCCUGACAGAGCUGGUGUAACGGAGUCAGGUUUGUAGGCCUCCUUGCUUGCACACACUUUUUCAUUUCUGCCCACAAAUGUUCUAUAGGAUUGAGGUCAGGGCUUUGUGAUGGCUACUCCAAUACCUUGACUUUGUUGUCCUUAAGCCAUUUUGCCACAACUUUGGAAGUAUGCUUGGGGUCAUUGUCCAUUUGGGAGACCCAUUUGCGUGACCAAGCUGUAACUUCCUGACUGAUGUCUUGAGAUGUUGCUUCAAUAUAUCCACAUAAUUUUCCUUCCUUAUGAUGCCAUCUAUUUUGUGAAGUGCACCAGGCCCUCCUGCAGCAAAGCACCCCCACAGCAUGAUGCUGCCACCCCUGUGCUUCACGGUUGGGAUGGUGUUCUUCGGCUUGCAAGCCUCACCCCCUUUUUCCUCCAAACAUAAUGAUGGUCAUUAUGGCCAAACAGUUCUAUUUUUGUUUAAUCAGACCAGAGGACAUUUUUCCAAAAAGUACGAUCUUUGUCCCCAUGUGCAGUUGCAAACCGUAGUCUGGCUGUUUUAUGGCGGUUUUGGAGCAGUGGCUUCUUCCUUGCUGAGCGGCCAUUCAGGUUAUGUCGAUAUAGGACUCGUUUUUCUGUGGAUAUAGAUACUUUUGUACCUGUUUCCUUUGCUGUACUGGGAUUGAUUUGCAAUUUUCGCACCAAAGUACGUUAAUCUCUAGGAGACAGAACGCGUCUCCUUCCUGAGCGGUAUGAUGGCUGCGUGGUCCCAUGGUGUUUAUACUUGCGUACUAUUGUUUGUACAGAUGAACGUGGUACCUUCAGGCGUUUGGAAAUUGCUCCCAAGGAUGAACCAGACUUGUGGAGGUCUGCAAUUAUUUUUCUGAGGUCUUGGCUUUGAUUUUCCCAUGAUGUCAAGCACUGCGUUUGAAGGGAGGCCUUGAAAUAUAUCCACAGGUACACCUCCAAUUGACUCAAAUUAUGUCAAUUAGCAUAUCAGAAGCUUCUAAAGCCAUGACAUCAUUUUCUGGAAUUUUCCAAGCUGUUUAAAGGCACAGUCAACUUAGUGUAUGUAAACUUCUGACCCACUGGAAUUGUGAUACAGUGAAUUAUAAGUGAAAUAAUCUGUCUGUAAACAAUUGUUGGAAAAAUUACUUGUGUCAUGCACAAAGUAGAUAUCCUAACCGACUUGCCAAAACUAUAGUUUGUUAACAAGAAAUUUGUGGAGUGGUUGAAAAACGAGUUUUAAUGACUCCAUCCUAAGUGUAUGUAAACUUCCGACUUCAACUGUAUCUGUGUUUGGCAUAAUGUCAGGUUUUGUCAGUCAAUUGUACAAAAAUGUAUUAAAGUGUCCUGAAAUGUCUUCUAUUUGCUAUAGAUAACUGGGUUCGGGAGCUAAAGCUGUGGUGCCCUAGUCUCAAGGUGUUAGUCUAUUACGGUGAGGCGUUUUGAUUGGUUGUUUUUAUUUGUCAAUAAAAAUAUAUAUAUACAUACAGUGAAGGAAAAAAGUAUGUGAUCCCCUGCUGAUUUUGUAUGUUUGCCCACUGACAAAGAAAUGAUCAGUCUAUAAUUUUAAUGGUAGGUUUAUUUGAACAGUGAGAGACAGAAUAACAACAAAAUAAUUUCUAUGGCGUAAACCCUGAUGUGUUUUCAGGCUCUGUGGAGGACCGGCGGUAUCUGCGACAUGACAUCCUUAAUAAUCAGGUGGACUUCAACGUCAUCGUGUCCACGUGAGUAGUUGUGUACACACACACACACACACACACACACACACACACACACACACACACACACACCAUAGACAUAGACUACUCUUCUUCUUAUCUGUCCCAUUAUGGCGUCUGUGAGCGCACGGGCAGCGCCAAUGAGGCCAUCUCCAUUUUUAAGUAGUACAUUUUCUUCUUCUACUACUUCUAUGAGUUGGUAAACAAACUGAAAGGGUGCACACUGCCACCUGGAGGGUGUUGUCUGAACAGGUAGAAAGCCAAGGUUGGCGAUUUACUGCCACAUGCGGUUAUGGAAUGUUUGCUCACGAGUAUAAUUCAUUGGCUGAUUCCUCCUGAUGACCUGGAUGGAAUUAUGUGAUCCUUCCUUAACCCAUAGGAAAUCCCACCCAGGUGACUACUUAAAAAUGGUCAAAGUACUUAAAUGCUUUAAACGGCUUUUGGGCACUAGAGUUGUCUAUGCCAGACGCGCCAUGUUGUCAGAUAGGUUUCAGUCUGUCAGUGAAACCACAAUAACACCUAGUGCAGGGUUCCCCAACUGGCGGCCUGCGUUUUCAUUUUAUUUUAUUUAUGAUUUUUAUUGUUCGACAUAAUACUGUAAAAACACCAGGAAAUCAGCUCUAAGUGACUUUUAUUUUGGAAAUAUAUUCCCACACAUGGGCUUUUUUUGCGAUCAAUUUGCAGUCUAGAAAUGAUUUGUAAUCAUGUUCCGGCCGCCUGAGCAUCGGCUGAAUCUAGUUGAUGAUCCUGCUCUAGUGGAAGGGAAGAGCAUUGCAUCCUCUGGAGCUGUCUGUAGGCGUGAGCUUCCUACAGCUGUUUCCCUUAGGUACAGAACUAGGAUCAGCAUCCCCUCCCCUCCCCUAAUCCUAACCUUAACCAUUUAGUGGGGAAACUGACCCCAGAUCAGCGUCUAGGGCCAACUUCACCCUACACCCUUAAAGCUGUGCAGGGGUGUUUUUAAUGGCCUAGGUGUCUGACUGAACCAGAAAAACACUUUGUUAUGCAUGCCUAAAUGAAUGUUAUUAAUGAGCAUUACACGCUGUUGCUGUGUCCCAAGUGACCCUAUUCCCUAUAUAGUGCACUUAUUUUGACCAGAUCCCUAUAGCCCCUGGUCCAAAGUAGUGCACUAUAAAGGGAAUAGGGUGCCAUUUGGGAUGGAUCCAGUGUAUGAGUCCACCAUGGUACGUCUUCUCCAAUCUUGUUAGCUGACAUUAAGCCUCCAAACACGAUGAGUCAAUUCGAUCGAUACCAGGAAUGCAUUGGAACUUAAUGGCCCUGGCAUCUUGACAUUGCUCAGCAUUCCUGUGGGGUGCUAGGGGUGUGAAUGUUUAAACGUUAACGUUAAGAUAAAAUCGCUAACUGAAAAACGUUUUGUUUUUUUCUGCACAAAAUGUAAAUCAUAAAAUAACCACUAACAGGUCCCCAUCAUCAUCAUCAUCAUCAUCAUCAUCAUAAAGGAAAACAUUUAAAUUAAACAAAUGCCUAACGCAACAAUGCUGUACCAUUAAUAGGAGGAGAUAUCCAUCGUCCAAAUUAUUUGCCACAGAUAUAAAGCGCUCAGCAUGCCAUCGUUAUUAACAGCUGGGAAAAUGUCAAGGCAAGUGACAGCUGCGAAGUCCUGUAUGGCAAUACUUUGAGAUGUUAAAUGAGAUGGUGGUGAAAUGCUAACUUUGCGAGGUGGAAUUGAGGUACAGUAAUGGUAGUACAGGUGCAAUGCCUGACCAUCUGAAAGGGACUCACCUUGAGACCCAAACGGUUGCUGGCAGCAGCGCAGGCCUCCAACAACAGACAUUACACAGCUUCACACCAAAGCCUACUGUAUGACUACGGUAAAUAGAACUUCAUAGCCCCCCUAGCAGUCAUAAGCAAUAGUGUGCGCUUGCAUGCCUGUAGCCCUUCCACUUUGAUGGAGGCCUACAUACGGAAUGAAAGUUCAACUGUAAAUGCUCAUGUCUGGGUGUCAUUCCUCUCCGCACAGAUACAACUUGGCCAUCGGCAACGACAGCGACCGCAGUCUCUUCCGCAAGCUCAAACUGAAGUACGCCGUGUUUGACGAGGGCCACAUGCUGAAGAACAUGAACUCCCGCCGCUACCGCCACCUCAUGGCCGUCAACGUUAGUGCACCCAAUACCGCCUGUCUCUGACUGACACUGUCUGACUGUCUUUCUAAAUAUCUCUCUCCCUUACUCCUUGUCUCUCUGUGUGUCCCCAAGGCUGAGCACCAGUUCCUUCUAACUCCCUGUGUCCCUCUCCCUCCCUGACUCCAUCCCGGACUAGCUGUCUCUCUGUGUCCCCAGGCUGAGCACCGGUUGGUCCUGACUCCGUGUCCCUCUCCGUCCCUGCGUCCCUCUGACUACCUGUCUCUCUGUGUGUCCCCAGGCUGAGCACCGGUUGCUACUGACCGGCACCCCUCUGCAGAACAACCUGCUGGAGCUGAUGUCGCUGCUAAACUUCAUCAUGCCCUCCAUGUUCUCCAGCAGCACCACACAGAUAGCCAAGAUGUUCUCCAUGGUGAGGUCAGGUUUAGGGUUGAAAUAUUUUUGGUAACUUUCCCCAAAUUACCAUGAUUGGAAUAUUUUAAGACUGUGGGAAGAUUCCCGGAAUCUGGAGGGAAUAAGCAGGAACUCUAGAAUCCUCCAACCACGAUUUCUAGACAACCUGGGAAUUUGGGGACUUACUGGAAUUUUGCAACUCUAGUCAGGCUGGCAGAAGCUUGGAUAGAGUGGAUGGGAGUGGAACUGGGGAAGGAGAUCAAAACUGGGUUUUAAAAACCUGCGUUUCCACCAAACGUUCAUGUACAACACUCAGACCAGGGCCCGUAUUCGCAAAGCGUCUCAGAGUAGGAGUGCCGAUCUAGGACCAGUUUUGCCUUUUAAAUCGUAACAACUAAGACCAGUAGACCUGACCCUAGGUCAGCACUCCUACUCAAAGACACUAUUAUCAUGCCAAGACCAAAACCCGCCAACUUCAGCUUUUUACCUCCUUUUCUUUAUAUUUUAAAGAUAUAUAUUGCCGGUAACAAAGUCUGUACUUUUAUUUCCGCCAACCGAGGUAGUCAUGAUUGCGGUAUUAUGUUGAAAAGUCCCACCAAUGCCUCUGUAUAAAACGUCUCCUUUCAUCUUAUCGGCUUUGGCCCGCAUUAAAUCAUGAACAUUCUUAUCUGACAUCAAACUCUUCAAUCACAAUGCUUUUACUCUCUCCAUUAAAAUGUAUGUAGGUCGGUUCUUAAGCUGUUCAUGCUUAUUGUCACAGUAAUGCUUUGCCAUUUAACCUGGGGGAAUGCAUACAACCAUUUGUUUUCUUCUCGACUUUGACAGGUAAAUAUUUAAAGGCCCUUUUUAUAUUUAGCUAAUAAAUUAUAGGUAAUAUGCAUACAUUUCAAAGUUAGCCUACUUGCGUCUUCGGCCAAAAUAUCUGGUGGGGUCUUUGAAAAGAGAGAGCGCGCGAUGGUGUGAUCACAUUGGCUGGUGAUGAUACAUUUACCUCAAUAUUAUUAGGCCUAAUAUUUAUCCAAGGAAUAAUGCGCAAUUACGCAAGCCGCUGCGCUAGUCCUCUUCUCCUGGAGUCACAAAAGCUAUAGGCUACAAUAUCUUGUUGGACAUUUAUGUUGAGCAUGUUUUGCUACGAUUAGUCCUAUUUAGAUAACUGUCUGCUUCUACUAUUAAAAGAACAGUUGGCUAGGACGUUUGCUAGCAAGCUAUCAAUGUGCAUGAUACUGUAUCUAACAAAGUGGAGUGAGGGUAGGAAAGAGAUGAGGCGUGGAUAAUAAAACAAACGUUCAGAGGUUCAUCCUGGUCGGAUUAUAGUUUUUACAUGAUUGGAAACAGCAGAUUGAAAGGAUUCUAAAGCACCUACAAAUUGUCAGAAAUAUAACUUUUUGUGUCAUAUGACAGCGGUUCCACAGGUUCCCGUGACACUCAAGUUGAUGGGAAAAAUUAUAUUGUUCUAUUCCAUUAAAUACUUACUAUACAAUGUGUGUGUGUGUGGACAGUGAUCAGGGCAGGGGUACGUAGGUGUUAUUUUGUUAAUUAAACAGACAAGACACAAUCUAUUGAUGUAAUUUGGUGCAGGCAUGUUUCCUCUAGACCAGGGAUUCCAUUGGUGCAGACAUGUUCCCUCUAGACCAGGGAUUCCAUUGGUGCAGACAUGUUUCCUCUAGACCAGGGUUUCCAUUGGUGCAGACAUGUUUCCUCUAGACCAGGGUUUCCAUUGGUGCAGACAUGUUUCCUCUAGACCAGGGUUUCCAUUGGUGCAGACAUGUUUCCUCUAGACCAGGGUUUCCAUUGGUGCAGACAUGUUUCCUCUAGACCAGGGUUUCCAUUGGUGCAGACAUGUUUCCUCUAGACCAGGGUUUCCAUUGGUGCAGACAUGUUUCCUCUAGACCAGGGUUUCCAUUGGUGCAGACAUGUUUCCUCUAGACCAGGGUGUCCAAAACUCGGUCCUUAGUCUAAGACCUGCCUUAACAAAUUCAUAAUGGGUUUCUUUGUGAUGGUGUAUAUUCAAUGGGUUUAUUAAAAUAGACGCAUCACCCCUAUUCCCACUCGUCACUUCAGUGCCAGUAUACGGGGAGGUAUAAAAGGCUUAUGCUGGCAAGAAUGUGGGGAAAAUGGGACUGUUAAAAAUAUAUAUAUAUGUAUAUCAAAGUAUUCAGACCCCUUCACUUUUUCCACAUUUUGUUACAUUACAGCGUUGUUUUAAAAUGGAUUUAAAUAUUUCCCCCCCCUAAUCUAUCUACACACAAUACCCCAUAAUGACAAAGCAAAAACAGGUUUUUAGACAUUUUUCCAAAUGUAUUGAAAAUAAAUAACAGAAAUAUAACGUUUACAUAAGUAUUCAGACCGUUUACUCACUACUUUGUUUAAGCACCUUUGGCAGCGAUUACAGCCUUGAAUCUUCUUGGCUAUGACGCUACAAGCUUGGCACACCUGUAUUUGGAGUUUCUCCCAUUCCCUCAAGCUCUGUCAGGUUGGAUGUGGAGCGUUGCUGCACAGCUAUUUUCAGGUCUCUCCAGAGAUGUUAGAUCGGGUUCAAGUCCGGGCUCUGGUUGGGCAAAUCAAGGACAUUCAGAGAAUUGUCCGGAAGCCACUCCUGCGUUGUCUUGGCUGUGUGCUUAGGGUCGCUGUCCUGUUGGAAGGUGAACCUUCGCCCCAGUCUGAGGUCCUGAGUGCUCUGGAGCAAGUUUUCAUCAAGGAUCUCUCUGGACUAGUCUCCCAGUCCCUGCCGCUGAAAAACAUCCCCACAGCAUGAUGCUGCCACCAUGCUUCACCGUAGGGAUGGUGCCAGGUUUCCUCCAGACGUGAUGCUUAGCAUUCAGGCUAAAGAGUUCAGUCUUGGUUUCAUCAGACCAGAGAAUCUUGUUUCUCAUGGUCUGAAUGUCUUUAGGUGCCUUUUAGCUAACUCCAAGCGGGCUGUCAUGUGCCUUUUACUGAGGAGUGGCUUCCGUCUGGCCACUCUAACAUAAAGGCCUGAUUGGUAGUGCUGCAGAGCUGGUUGUCCUUCUGGAAGGUUCUCCCAUCUCCACAGAGAAACUCUGGAGCUCUGCCAGAGUGACCAUUGGGUUCUUGGUCACCUCCCUGACCAAGGCCCUUCACCCCUGAUUGCUAAGUUUGCCCGGGCGGCCAGCUCUAGGAAGAGUAUUGGUGGUUCCAAACUUCUUCCAUUUUAAGAAUGAUGGAGGCCACUGUGUUCUUGGGCACCUUCAAUGCUGCAGAAAUGUUUUGGCACCCUUCUCCAGAUCUGUGCCUCUACACAAUCCUGUCUCGGAGCUCUAAGGACAAUUCCUUCGACCUCAUGGCUUGGUUUUUGCUCUGACAUGCAUCUGUCAACUGUGGGACCUUAUAUAGACCGGUGUGUACCUUUCCAAAUCAUGUCCAAUGAAUUGAAUUUACCACAGGUGGACUGCAAUCAAGUUGUAGAAACAUCUCAAGGAUGAUCAAUGGAAACAGGAUGCACCUGAGCUCAAUUUCAAGUCUCAUAGCAAAGGGUCUGAAUACUUACGUGAAUAAGGUAUUUCGGUUUUUUUAAAAUACAUUUGCAAAAAUAGAACAACUAUUUUUGCUUUAUCAUUAUGUGGUAUUGUGUGUAGAUUGAGGAUUUUUAUUUAUUUCAUCCAUUUUAGAAUAAGGCUGUAACGUAACAGAACGUGGAAAAGUCAAGGGGUCCGAAUACUUUUCUGAAUGAACUGUACAUAUAUGACCCCCUUUCACAGGUAACAUACCAACAAUGCUGUCUGAAUUAGGUGUUUGUGAAUCAGACUCGUAUAGUAGGAUGUGUUUUGAUGGUGUUUAUAUUUUGUUGUUCUGUGGUAGAAAUCCCAUGAGGAGCAGAGUCGUUUCGAGAGGGACCGCAUCGCCCAGGCUAAACUCAUCAUGAAACCUUUCAUCCUCAGACGAGUUAAGAGUGAAGUAAGGACACUCAGUGUCUGGUUAAACAAGAAAUACUGGAUGAUUCACAAUGUUAUAUUUAAAGAUAUGUGUGUGUGUCUCAGGUUCUUAAGCAGCUGCCAGCGAAGGAGGAGAAGUUGGUAUUCUGCCCAAUGAGUGAGAAGCAACAGCAGCUUUACCAGACCAUGGUGGGCAAGUUCAAGAAGAAUGCCAUCGGAGAGAGUACGUACUGCACUGAACUGUAGUGAAGUCUGGGAUGAAGUUUCCCCUAGGUACAGAUCUAGGAUCAGCUUCCCUUCCCUAUUCCUAACUUUAACCAUUAGUGGGGAAAAUGUAAAACUGACCCAAAAUCAGUCUAGUGUCAUCUUCACCCUACUCAGUGUGGUGUUACAGCAGUGGCGUGACAGAUUGUUGCCUCAUAACUAGCAGUGUGAUGGCAGACGAGAUAACAGAGCAACACGCUUUGUGUGGUAGGCCUCUUACAUCCUGUUUGUCUCUGCCUUUCUCUCUCGGGGCGGCAGGUAGCUUAGUGGUUAAGAGCGUUGUGCCAGUAACCGAACGGUUGCUGGUUCUAAUCCCCGAGCCAACUAGGUGAAAAAUCUGUCUAUGUGCCCUUGAGCAAGGCACUUAACCCUAAUUGCUCCUGUAAGUCGCUCUGGAUAAGAGCGUCUGCUAAAUAAUGUAAAUGUAAAAUGUCUCUCUUCCUUUCUCUCUCUCUCUUCCUUUGUCUCUCACAUGAAUGGGUACCGUUGUUGCGAAAGCAAUGCAAUUAUAGUACAGUAUAGCAAUUGAAUCGUUCAGUUACGUUGAUUUAUACAUUUUUAAUUCUGUUCAAUUCAAUAAAUCUUUCACCCACCCACUCACUCCCAUUCCUUUCCACCUGUUUAGAGAGAGAGCUGUGCAACGUGAUGAUGCAGUUGAGGAAGAUGGCCAACCACCCUCUGCUCCACAGACAAUACUUCACCACAGAGAGACUGGAGGCCAUGAGUCGCCUCAUGCUUAAGGUUGUUGCUUCAUUGGCCAUUUUUGUUUUUGUCUGUUCUGGUUUAUUCAGUAAAUAAUAUAAAUCUAAAAAGUCCCUCUCCUAUGUAAACGUGUUGUUACCACCCUUACCUGUUCAAUUUAUCUCUCGCCCACCCCCCCCCUAGGAACCGACCCAUUUUGAUGCGGACCCGGUGCUGAUCCAAGAGGACAUGGCGGUGAUGUCAGACUUUGAGCUUCACCGGCUGUGCCAGCAGUACUCGUCCCUGCACCAAUACCAGCUGGACAAAGACCUUCUGCUGGACUCCGGAAAGUUCCACCUGCUCCAGACGCUACUGGCCACGCUCAAGACCAAGGUAAUGAGAGGGGGAGGGAGGUGAGACGAGGGUAAGGAGGGAGGGAGGGAGAACCAUGCUUUUAACUCCGGGCUAAACGUCAUUGUCGCUUCACAUCACUGAAUACAGCCCUGAUCUGUGACGCGCUGUGCUCUAAUAAUACAUUAGAUUUCUAUAGCGCUGUGCAAAGACUCAAACGUGCUGUUUCUGCAGGGGGACAGAGUAGUGCUCUUUAGUCAGUUCACCAUGAUGCUGGACAUCGUAGAGAUUCUGCUCAAACACCUGGGCCACCGCUACGUCAGACUGGACGGCUCCACGCCCAUUGCAGACAGGUGAGCUUAAGUUGGGUUCAACUCAAUGGCUUCCGUCCAACAUAAUUGUAUGUAGUCUUUUGGCAGAGGAAGUGUAACUGGAGCCAUGGUGUUUCAUCGCAAAAAGCUCUUAACUGGCAGUGGCCAAUAUUCAGAGACCGAUGUUAGUGUUGUUGUGGUAGUGUAUCUAGCGCGAGCCAUUGAUCUCCCUGGACCCACCUGUGUUUGGUGCAGGAUCGUGCUGAUUGACGACUACAACACGGACCCAGAAAUCUUUGUGUUCCUGCUGUCGACGCGGGCCGGCGGCCUGGGCAUCAACCUGACCUCUGCCAACGUGGUCAUCAUGCAUGACAUCGACUGCAACCCCUACAACGACAAACAGGCUGAGGACCGCUGCCACAGAGUAGGGCAGACUAGGUGAGACAGAUGAGAGCCGGGGGUCUGGGUCGGGGGGGGCAGGUGAGACAGACGGACAGGAAGGAGGUGGCUGGGUUACAUUAUGGAGUUAGGGUCAGUAGUGAGAGAUGCAUUAUGGGAUUAGGGUCAGUAGUGAGAGAUGCAUUAUGGGGUUGGGGUCAGUAGUGAGAGAUGGCUUACUUAGAGAGAAGUCUCUAGAAGUAGUGACAAUAAAAACCUGGCAAGGUAUGAAGAGAAAAUGGUGCCGCUAAGGAAAUGGUCUCUUCUGGUGAAAGACUGAUGGUCAGUGUCUGUCCAUGUCCUCCUACAGGACAGUCCAGGUGAUCAAGCUGAUCCAUAACGACACAAUAGAGGGCUGCAUGCUGCAGCUGGGUCAGAAGAAACUCAAACUGGAGCAGGACAUGACCUCUGCCGAGGAGGGUAAGGACCUGGGGGACACACUCACUCACACCAAAAGCCCAAAGUGUCCAUGGUCUCUUUUCUUUAUUUAAUAAAUCAGUAUCAGAUGUUGAGUAAUGGAAUCAUCACUUAAUAGUGUGGUUUUGUGUCCGUACCCAGGUGACGAGGGCACCAUGCCUGAGGACAUGGCCUCCCUGCUCAAGGCAUCGCUGGGCCUGUGAGGGUCUGGGAGCUCCCUCCCCGGAGAUCCAUCUGGGAUCCAGCCUGGAGCCUCCCACCCUGGAGCUCCAUCUGGGAUCCAGCCUGGAGCCUCCCACCCCAGGCACCACUGACUGA